AAACAAGUGAAGUCCAUAAUAUGUAUAAUGGGCCAGAGAAAAAAUGGUGUUUAUGGGCUUAUGGCUACAAGCAAGGGGAAAGGGAGUAGGCUAAAGCCCAUAUUAAGCUUGGGGGAAUAGUUUUGUGGCCCAAUGGGCUUUAUUAUUGUGGAAGAAUGCAUUGUUGAAGAAUUAGACAAGACUCAAGAGAGUGAAGUCGUGAAGAUCAUGUCCAAUUCCUUCUCUCAGCUCCAAACUCUCCAAUUGUUACUGUCGAAUAAGCUCGCUCCGUUGCCGGAGAAGGAAAAUGCUAGCUCGUCUAGCCGUCCGACGCCGGCAGAUGUACGCCAAACUUUCCGCCAUAUAUAUCGGUCAGGUGAAGGUGAUAUUACCUUGCUAUACAUCCAAUUACAAGUGAUCUGCAGUGAUUUGUUUGCUGGAUCCUGCACAUCAGCAACAAUGGGGAUGGCUUCCUCUGCAAUGAAUGCAGUAUGUUGGUGGCUAAGGUCAUUGAAGUUACUCCUAUUGGUGUAUAUUAGGCUGCACCCUUCUAUUCCAUUUUCUACAGAUCAAAGGGGGGUGCUUUAAAAAUGCUCCAAUGAUAUAUGCCAUAAUGGUUGCUGACUACUCGGAUCUGAAGAAUAUAACUUGAACAAUUAUAACAUCCAAAACGUGCUAUACACAAAUUGGUGAUUGGUGAAAAGCCAGAGCAGGGCACACAAAACCCGCAACGUAUGAAUUCUGAAGCUGGAGGUGGGAAUACUACAUUAUUAGGGGGAUGACGUGACGCAGAUCCUUACUAAUAAUAUGGCUUUCUUCAUCCUCUCCCCAAUGAUUCGAUUUCAAUAAUAAAACCCACUCAUAAGCCAACCACGCACGCUUGAAGAAAACAGAGGAUAGUUGGUGCCUGUUGGACUAAAAAAUCCAACUUUUUGGGACUAAACACAUUAUCUAUUCGUUCUUACACUAUGAAAUACAUUACAACUUUUGCAAAAUAUAUGUAUGUAGGCAUCCAUCCCUUUUAUCGGGCCCCAACAUCCACUAACAGAACCAGAGUCCCCACUACAAAAGCGCUUUCUAUCAUCCACCACUACAGCCCCAGUCCCACCACGGACUAUAAAAUUUUUUAAAAAAAUCGUGCAGCAUAUCAAGAGUACUUUUGACAAUAUUUCCUCCACUUAAAUCUAUAGCAAGCAACAUAUUUUGUUAUUUUUAAAAUACGACAUCGAACCAUGUCUUGAAUAAAGGUGAAAGAUAAAGGCAAAGGUUGGGGCCCUGGCAUAUCUGACUUUGAUUUCCAUUUUGAAACGCUCAAUAAGGGCACAGGGUAGCAGACCUGUUGGGUUGGAGCAAUUUGUGAUAGGACAUCCUGGGCAUCUUUUGUUUGUAAGGAUUCACGAGGGGGGAUUUGUUUCAGGCUUCACGAGUGGUGUAGUGUCGGGUGGCUGA